AUGCAAUUGAUCCUCUUGAUCUACCCCGUGCUUUUUGCCUUCUAUGCGCAGCAGGGGAACUGGAACGGUUCUUUUCAUGUCCCUGGAGCUAGCACCUACAGCGGCGCAAAAGGGUUGCUCGAAUCUCUAGUCCCCAAUAUUGCGGCCGAAAGUACGCCUUUUGGUCUCGCACCUGAUGGAGAUGGGAAUCAACCUGGAGACCCUCGCAAGGCGGCUGACAUUAUCAUCAAGGCCGUGAAAGGUGAGGGAAGAUGUGAGGGCAUGACUCUACCACCAUGCCUUCCUCUAGGAGCCGAUGGGGUGCAAGCGAUCCGAGGCAAUUCGGAGGCAAAGUCGAAAGUCUGUAACGCAUGGGAGGUCAUUGCUUCUGCGACAGACUUCUGA